GGUGGCCGGGGACUCCAACCCGCGGCGGAUUCCGCGGCCGCGGCCGACGGCGAUAGUCGGCCAGGCAACGUUUGCGAAAUAAUGCCAUUGAAUCGAGACCGAAUUCGGCAGUAACCAAGCGGAGAUGUCGCACAAAUAAAUAGUGCCAAAAUUAUCGCGCCCGACAACGGAUCAACAAUGUGCGAAUGGAGAACAGUGGCUAUAUUUUAUGUGCUCCUUGUGUGCUAUGUCUCCAGAGCCAGGGAAAUAACGGUUGAAAACACCCUUGACAACCACGUUUCAUCAGGAAACAGGACUCAAAGAUUUCUGUUCGACUCCAUCUUUGGAUUAGAAGUACCACUACUCGACGAGCAGAGCGUAGAAGAUGACGAAGAUGAAGCUACCCAGGUCAGGAACUGUUCAUGUGAAUGUGGCAGAGCGAAUCCACUUCCUCGAAAAAUCGAUUGCGGAGGGCCGAAUCAGGAAAAUCGUAUAGUCGGCGGUUUUCCGGCAGGUCUCAAUCGAUAUCCAUGGAUGGUGAGGCUGGUGUACGACGGACAGUUCCACUGUGGAGGCUCUCUUGUGACCAAGGAGUACGUGCUUACUGCCGCACACUGUGUCAGAAAAUUAAAACGAUCGAAAAUUAGAAUUAUCCUCGGCGACCACGACCAGACGCUCACCAGCGAGAGCGCAGCCAUCAUGCGCGCAGUCACAGCAAUCAUUCGACACCGCAGCUUUGACGCCGACUCUUAUAACAAUGACAUUGCUUUACUCAAAUUGCGGAAACCUGUCAGCUUUUCGAAAAUCAUCAAGCCCGUUUGCUUGCCACCAGCGAGUAUAGAACCAGCGGGCAAGGAAGGAAUAGUUGUAGGUUGGGGUCGCACGUCAGAGGGAGGCCAACUUCCCGCCAUAGUACAAGAAGUGCGCGUACCCAUUCUGUCCCUUCAACAAUGCCGCGGUAUGAAGUAUCGUGCUUCACGUAUAACCAAUAACAUGCUUUGCGCGGGUCGAGCAUCAACAGACUCCUGUCAAGGCGACAGCGGUGGUCCAUUGUUGGUACAGCAGGGAGAUAGAUACCAGAUCGUUGGUAUAGUGUCAUGGGGUGUUGGUUGCGGACGACCCGGGUACCCUGGUGUAUAUACCCGGAUAUCGCGUUAUUUACCCUGGCUUAAAGCCAAUUUAAGAGAUACAUGUCUCUGUGCUAAUUAGUUUAAAUUAUAAUUUAUUUAAUUUUACUGUAUAUAGCUUCAAAUUCAUAUUUUAACAAUAUAAAUAUCUGAUGUAGGUAGUAACAUAUAAAAACAUGGAUAUAUAUUUAGAGUAACGCCUUAAUUUUUUAAAUUUAAAAUUUUAAAUGUAAAAAUGUCGAACCUAGUGUCCUUUAUAACAUCAUAGUUCAAGUAUCUAUCUACUUAAAAAUCAGUUAAUUUAAAAAAAAACAAAAAAAUUACAAUCAUAUUAUGUGAAAUUUUUGUUGCAUACUGUUAUGUUAAAUUCUAUUGUAAAUCAAUUAGUAAAGAAACCAUUUCAGAAAUACGCUAUUGAAAAAUUUUUAUUGCUUUAAUAUAUAAUUGUUCAUAACAAAUUGAUAAAUCGUUGCUUAAUAACCAAUUUAAUGUUUGCUAUUAAUUUAUAACUGUUGAGAAUUAUUUGAUUUUUAGAACAUAUUUAGUGAUAAGUGAUUAAUUAAUUGAGUGUAUGUCAGGCCGGUGGUGCAGAUUACCAAUAGAUUUUAAGUCAAAUAUAGAACCUUCAUGGUCAUUGUUAUAGUUUUAGGCAGUGUUUAUUUUUUUAUAUACUAAUUUAAAUUUUUUAUUACAGUGUAAUGAUAAUAUGAGAUAAAUUAUUUGUAGAUGAAUUAAAUUCAAAUUAAUAUCUUGUUCUGAUGGUUCAUGUUUCACAAGGUAAUUCAUUUAUAAAAAACUAUUUCCUAAAAUAAGGACUAUUUUUGAAAAUCAAUUUAAACAACAUUUAGUAUGAUAAAAAUUAUGUAGUUUAUUUCUAAUGUGAGGGAAUCGUAUUUAGUAUACGUAUAAUUGUAUUCAGUUUUACUUUAUAUGUUAUUUGUAUUUAAGAACGCUCUUUAGGCUGUACCUGUGAUCUUUGUCACGAUGAAAUUUUUGUUGUGCUCUUAGAAUAUAAAAUACCUACUAAUAUAAUUAAUAAUAUUUUUGAUUUAAUUAAUUUUUUGUGUAAAAAUCUUUUAAACAGUUAAGAUCUUGACUAUUUUUAAGCGUUAAUUUUUGUAUAAUUGAACAUUGAAUUAAUUUA